CGCCAUUGUACCGUGAGAGAACCUGUGUUAUGGUUGGGAGAUAGUGUUAUUGAGUUCUUUUGUGAUUCGAUUGGAUCUACAUGAAAGUAUACCAAUGUAUGGAUUUAUGGUGAAAUGGAGAACUUUUCUCAUCAGCUUGAAAAUGGUGUUACCGUGUCAAACGAGGAAUUAACGUACUUGAGAGGGGUGAUCUCGAACCGGGCUUCGUCUGCCGUCGCUGACGAUCUCAAAACUAAACAAAGUGUUUGUAUGGAUCGCAGGCAGGUUAUAAACAACCAGGGCCAGUUUCAGUUGUCGGAAAACAAGACUGUCAUUCGAUCUGGAUUUCAGAGUCAGGGCUUUCAGGGAUUAGAAAAUACACAAAAAUUACCUAAGCCGUUCGAAAUUCCAUUUGGAGGGUCAAUACAUAACGGCGGAAUGAAAGUGAAUCCUCAAAGUCAGUUACCCACUACCGUUAUAGGAAACGGGGUUGUGGAAACCGAGCGGAGUAUUGUGAUCGGGGGUACGUCAUACCCUGCACCUUCCAAGGAACAGCUUCUCCAAAACGCAAUGCAACAUUUUUCUGGAUCUAGCCACUAUAUAUUGAGACAGCAGGGAUCUAAUUAUUCCAGUCCUAGGUCAAGUAUGGGUAGUGGUGGUGAUUCAAAAAAUUCAAGUCCAAGAACUAGUCUUAUCAAUCCCCCGCCCCCUCCCCCCUAUGAUCAACGGUUCAUGGGGGGCAGUCCACGGUCAAGUCUAGCCAGUCCAAGGUCAAGUUUAAGUACAACUUCAUACGAGUCCAAACCUUCAAGUCCUCGUACUAGCCUUGCAGGAAUGUCUGGAGUGCUGUAUGAUAAAUUUCCAAGUCCGAGGACUAGUUUAGCAAUAUCACAAGAGAGUCUACAAAAUCUACAGAUGGGAAUGCAUCCAAUGUCAAUGCCGCGAAGUAAUAUCCAGCUUCUGAAUGACAGUCGGUUUAAUGAAGGGGCUCCCCCUGCUUUUAUCUAUACUGAUCUUCGCCCGAGAUCGUUGCCUUCACAUAACAAUAGUAGUAUUAACAUUUCACACUCUCAAACAAACAAUGUCAACAGCAAUAACAAUGUGACUAAUACUAAUCUACUUAAUAAUCAAAUGAAUCGGGUUGUGAGCUCUGAUAAAAGCUCACCGUCACACUCAGUCCCUCCAGCUUUACCUGCCAGAAAGCCUAUUAACCAACAGACACAACCCAAACAUAUAGACUUUGAGAAAACUUUAACAGCUCUCACUCAACAGUUAGAAGAAAAUAUACGUGUGUCGGCCUCCAGAAAAAACUCUUUGGAUUCUCAGUCUUCAAUUCCGAAGGAGCCUCCCCCGCCCUAUCAUGGUCCCCACAAUACUGAACUGCCUGUGCUACCCCCAAGAAAUCCCCGUUAUGCUAGUCCCAAACCCUCGCCCCAGCCUCAAGUUUUUAGUCAACCAUCAAACCUGGGGUCCCUACCCACAUCCCCGGCCCACAUGGUGCGGACGCCACCCUCUGCUGCCAUCAAGCCGCAGGCCCAGCUGCAGUACCAAGUACCCCAGUCACAACGGGGACUGACCGAGGCAGAGAAAAAGGUUGCAGCACUGACACAGCAGUUAGAAGAUGAGAUGGAGAAAUCCCCGCAAGGGGAAUACUUUGGCCAGUGCUUUGCGUGUGGUGAUCGUGUGGCGGGAUCCAGCGAGGCUUGUCAGGCUAUGGGCAACCUGUAUCAUACCAAGUGCUUUGUUUGCUGUUCAUGUGGGCGGACUCUCAGAGGAAAAGCGUUCUACAAUGUCCACGGAAAAGUUUACUGUGAAGAGGACUAUUUGUACUCUGGGUUCCAGCAGACAGCAGAGAAAUGUUGUGUUUGUGGACACCUCAUCAUGGAGAUGAUCCUACAGGCAAUGGGGAAGUCGUACCACCCUGGCUGUUUCCGAUGCUGUGUGUGUAAUGAUUGCCUUGACGGUGUUCCCUUUACUAUAGACGUAGAUAAUAAGAUCUACUGUAUCACAGACUACCACAGAGUGUAUGCUCCCAAAUGUGCAGCAUGUGGCCAGGCAAUAACACCUGUUGAGGGAACAGAGGAGACAGUGCGGGUUGUGUCCAUGGACAAAGAUUUCCAUGUCGACUGUUACCACUGUGAGGACUGUGGUAUCCAGCUGACCGAUGAACCAGACAAGCGAUGCUACCCCCUGGAGGAUCACCUGUUCUGUCACCUGUGUCACAUACAGAGGCUAUCCCAGCAGUACCCUGACGAAACCUUCUACAUAGACCCAUAUACACACAACAUACAAAACAAACUGUACCGCGACGCGAGCGGAAAACAACGCGACAGCAUUGCCAUCAUGCCUGCAUCCCUGGAGUCGUAUCCCCAUCCCCAGGGGCCCCAGUCAGAAUCUUCGUUUUCACAGGAGCAGGAACCACAGCUAGCUCCUAGAGACAUAUAUGGGCAGGGCCAGCCUCCUGUCAUGUCGGGGCGUAACAGUGGCCCGCCAACCCCAACCCACAAGCCCACACAAAAUGGUGUGGUAGGGGUAGGGUAUAUAGACUAUGGUGGCAAUCAGUAUCGGGGCUCAAGUCCGUAUCCACAACAACCUGCUCCACAGGUUCCUCCAGCCAAGCAUGCUGCAACGCGUUAUCAGAUCACCGACUUAUAGCUCUACACAUCCUCAUCCAUCUCAAAGUCAUCUGUUUGAUCCUUGGUUACUGUUGUAAUCAUUGACCAUCAGCGAUGUCGAUAUCCUUAUUGAAUUGUAAUCAUUGACCAUCAGCGAUGUCGAUAUCCUUAUUUAAUUGUAAUCAUUGACCAUUCACAGAAUACCAUGAACUUGUGCGUUAUGUCACUCAGAAGAACCUUAAGCUUCAUCACACCGUAACUAGUUCCAAUCCAGCGGACUUUAGAAGUCACGUAUGGCUCACUAAACUAAGCUGUGCUGUAAUUUAGCAGGCCGCCAAAUAUUCUUUCUAAAUGCUACAUCAAAAGGAAAAUACAAUGAGUAGUAUUUCCAAGAAAGCCCAUAUAACGAACGAGUAAAAAUAAAGAAUACUUGUGUAAUAAUGCUACUCUAUUUAUACAACUCUGAUAUUUAGUGCUACUACACUUAAUGUUUUUUUUAAAUGCUGUAAAUAAUUAAUUUUGUGCAGUUUUGCUAUAAUCAUGACGACGAAGGCAGCUGUGAGGAGUUUUUAGACCUUGUUUAAAAUAUGGAAUUGCUCGCUUUAGAAAUGAUUACAUAAUAUAGUGUUCAAAGCAUUUCAUGUUCUUUUCUAUUAAUAUUCCUGCUUUAUGACAGCAAUCCUGAAGCUUUAGUACCUCCAAAAAUAUUAAUCAGCUUUCAGAAAACUUACCAGCAUUAUCUGUUGUAAGACAGUUUCUAAAUCACCUCUUUUUACAAAAGAUGUCUCAAUUUUUGCUGUUGAAAAAUUGAUAAAUGCUACUUAAGAAAGAUGAAAAAUAUAAAAUAUUGCAUUAUAAGCAUUUAUUUUCUUAUCACAAGUAUUAUAAACUGUUUUGCUCAUGAAUGUUAACAACAUUUUUGGAAAUAUAACCUGUCAUAUUUGAUCUGUCCUUUUUAUGCUAUUUUUCUAACAUUUUAUCACUUGUUUGUCAGGGUAAGCCUACUGUAUUGAUUCUGUCAGUGAUGAAACACAGAGUUUACAGUCUGUUUUGAAUUUAAUUGCAAUACUUCAACAAUUAUACAUACAUGUAUUAAAAUGUGCCAGGGUUUGUAAUUCAAGCAUAGCCACCAAGAUCAUACUAAGUCUAGUGCUUUAAGGGGUACAAUGAAGGUUUCAGAAGAUUUACAUCUCCCCUGUAAAUAUGUAUAUUUCUCUCCUAUACCAACAGUAAUUGUAGUGUAUUUUUUGUAUUUUGUGUCCAGACUUUUUAAAGCAAGGGGAAACAUAUUUGAUUGAAUGUCUAGUUUUCUGCGUAAAGUCUUUAAAUAACUUUUUAUCAGUAUCUAAGACAAACUUGUUUAAUUUUCAUAAAAUUCAUUAUGAAUAUCAGUAUCUCAGGUCAAUUAUCUACAUUGCUAGAAGAAAAGAGGUCCUACUUCCAUUUUAUGCAGCAGAAUACAUAAAGUGGAAGGGGCAGAAAUCAGUUUAUUUUAUCCCCACAGCAAAUAUGUUCAGUAAGGGGUACUUAAUGGCAGAGGGGCACCUGUUACAUGUAAGCUCACCAGUUAUAGCUGGGCAGUAUGAAUUUUAGAAAUAUUACUUAAUAGUUACUAUAACAUUUUAGUGUGUACUUUUGAGAAGCAAAAAACUAGACUAAGAUAUUGCAUAAUAUAUAAAAGGAAAUACCUGUUUAUAGUUCAGUUAUGUUAGAUAUUUUAAAGGACAUCAAAAACAUCUGUUUGUUAAUUAAUUGUUUUCAUUAUAAAAAUUGGAAUAUUGUCUGUAUCUUGGCAAUAAUGAACUUAUUUUUCAACAUGAUGUACAAAAAUGAUGGAUUUAAUUCACUGCUAGAUCUGAGGUAAUAAUUAAGUGUUCUAUAGAUUGUGAACUGGUGAUUGUUAUACUUAAGGAGUUUUGUAGAAAUAUUGAGAUGGAAUACACACAAGCAUGGGUGUAACUUUAAAAUGUUUAAUUCUUUUAAGUCCUACUCCUUUUGUGUGUGUUGAAAACCCCCCUCAACUUUGAUUUGAAAUCAGUUAUUGUAAGUAAUAAUUCUACAGCAUGUAGACCUCUGUCCUCCUCACAUCUGAAGACCGGAGUAUUAAACCUGGGCUAGUAAUAGAUAUUGAUGACGAAUACAAAGCUAAGGGUGAACAUGUGGCUGUUGGUUAGUUUAUAUAAACCUUUUCACAUGCUAUAAACAUAGGAAACUAUCAGCAUUUAAUAGCUCUAUAGACUGUGCAAGCUUAAUAAGCUAUAACCUGAUGCAGUGGCAAAGUGCAGUAAUAAUGUUGUUUUUUUUAAUCUGUAGAUGUUUGUUAGCUUGUUUCAAUAUCUGUCCAAUGUUUUGUUUUAAGUUUAUGAUUUGUGGAUGCUUGGUCUUCCAACAUGGAUAUGUGUUUUGUAUAGGAUAUUCUGUUCUAUAUUUAAUGGUUUUGUUUGUUGUUAUUCAUUUUGAAUCUGUCUCUAUCAUGUUUUUUACAAGCCACUCACGUGUUAUGAUUUGUUCCCCACCCCUCUCCCUUCCUGGUCCACUGUAUCUAAGUUGACCUUCAUCUUUCCAAAUACUGACUUUGAUUUUCCUCCCCAAAACUAAGUUCUAAAUUUCUGUAAGUUCUAACUGCAACACACUGCUCCCCUUCAAAUUUCUCUUGUCAGUCACAGCCUUAGAUACAACUCUAUUUGGAAAAAACAAAAAUAAAAAAAUAGUGUUCAAUCCUGAUUAUUCACUUGCUUUUCCUAAUGGAUAUCUGAAGCAGGGAGAUUUCCAAAUUAGAAUUUGUUAAAAAAUAGAAAUGCUAGCAAAAGUUAGUUUCAUAAUACAAUGUAACAGGUUGGUAUUUAGUUGGACACCACAUACCAUGAGCAUCCCUGCCAUUAAAGUUCUGGGUAAAAGAAGAUGAUUUUCACAUGUAUACACGAAACUGUAGAAUUAAAGUUAAAGGGUAUUUUGAGUUCAUUAGUUUCCCUUGAAAACUUUUGCAAAUUUAUCCCUCUCUAAGUUACCAAUAGAUAUUGUAACCAGUGUUCAUAGUCCCAUUAAAAGCAUUCACUGCCAUUGGCUUUCACAUGAACCUUCAAACACUGCCAGCGGGGUACACACACCCCAUGCAAUGACAUUCAUGCAUACAGACCCAUGCACUCUCAUACAAUGACAUUCAUGCAUACAGACCCAUGCACUCUCAUACAAUGACAUUCAUGCAUACAGACCCAUGAACCCUAACACUCUGCCAUCAGCAUUCCCACAAGAUACAUGAACCUACGGUAUGCCAUUAACUCUCACAGACACAUGAACCUCCAUACAUUGACAUUUACAUAUAUAUAUAGAUCAAUGAACCCUCGAUCUCUGCCAAUUGGCAUUGACACACUCAUAACCCCCAUACAUUAACAUUCGCAUAGCUCAAUGAACCCUCACUCUCUGCCAUUGGCAUUAACACAGACACAUGAACCCCACACACACACUGUCGUUAAUGAGAUGUAGCAGAGGGUUAUCAUAUCUUUGCAUGUUAGCUAUCAUAUACACAACUGCAGUAGUAUUUAUAUAUUAUUUACAUGUUAAGUUGCUUGUGUGUGUAUCACAGUCUUUUAUGCAAUUUUUAUAGACAUGUCUUUAUCUCCCCAUCUACCUGGCACAACUUUUAUGUUAGAAAUAAAUGCAGCAUGUCAAUUUUUUUACUUAUUAAAAUAGCAAUCAACAUUUCAGAUGAUUUUUAUUGAAAGGCAAUAUAUAUAUAUAUAUAUACACAUUACAGUUGAUGUAAUCAGACUUUACUAUCAUUUCUACCUGUUUAUACACAGCCUUGUUCAUUCAAAUUCCUAUACCGUACUCCAGACUCCUGUUCUGGAAAAUUUAUUUCUGGACAUUUAUUUGAAUGAUUUUCAAUCACCAUGUUUGUUAAACGAAUUCUGCAUUUCACCUGAGUGUUUCUUUUUUCUGGAUAAUAGAUUUGCCAAGAUUUGUUCUCCUUUUUUUCUGUAAAUGAGGUCCCAUUUACCCCUCCUGCUUACCCAUAGUGAGUUUUAGUGUAGUGUUGUACUAUUCUGUGUGUCUAUAUGAGUGGUGUGUACACAUUGAUGCAGGGUGAUGACCCAACUGUCAGUAUUAGAUUCUCAUCCUAGAUUGGGGGUCAUUGAUAUCAUCGGAGUUGUCGAGAUCUGAAAAUGUUUGUUAUCCAAACAGUUUUAAUGACAUGUUUGAUCGUAUACAGAUGUGUUCUAAAGAACAUUGUUUAAUUAUUGGUUAUUUGUUUGCUUUGUUUAUAAGUGCUUGUUGUUGUACCUUUUGUAUGUGUGACCGAGAGAUACAGUUUAACACUUGUCAUACAGACCUGUAUGUGACUGGAUACGAUUUAGCGCAGUCAUACAGACUGUAUGUGUGACCGACAGAUACAGUUCAACGCUGUCAUACAGACCUGUAGUUUAACUCUGUUAUACAGACAUGUAGUUUAACGCUGUCAUACAGACAUGUAGUUUAACGCUGUCAUACAUACCUGUAGUUUAACUCUGUCAUACAGACCUGUAGUUUAACUCUGUCAUACAGACCUGUAGUUUAACGCUGUCAUACAGACCUGUAGUUUAACUCUGUCAUACAGACAUGUAGUUUAACGCUGUCAUACAGACCUGUAGUUUAACUCUGUCAUACAGACAUGUAUCUGUGAUUGUUUGGUUAACACUGUUCCUAGAGAUAUUAUGUAGAAAGAUUAUAAUUCUGUGGGAAGUUUUUAUUUAUAUAAACGUAUAUUAUAUUGAGAAUGAAAAUACUGAUGUGAAAAGAAAGAGAUGUGUGGGUUACGUUUUAGUUUAAGGCAUGUUGUCAUUGUACAUUAUCUAAUUGUUAAUUAUGUUGUUUAUAGAAGAAGUAAAAGCAUUGGAAUGUUUCUGCUUUUACUGAAUGAAUACAACUAUUAUUUAUGUGAUAUAUCGCUAGGUUUCAUCUGAGAAAAGUCUUGUAGUCAGUCCUAAAGUUAAGUUUCCAUGUGUUCUUACUAGGCCUGCUCCUAUACGAUGUGAUCUGACUUCACAGGGACACUAAUUGUCUCCAUACAGUCUAAAUGUUUAAAAAUAUAAGAGCUCACAAUAAGGAAAUAAAGCUGAUAGCUUUCCCUGCUGAUUUUGGACCUGGUUCCUAGUAUCGGUCUCUCUUGUAAUUGUGGAAGCCUGUCAGCAUAGCACUGUUUUAUGUUGAGUGUAAUUGUUGAGUUGGGUAGAAGACUGAGACGGGCAUGGCCAGGAUUGUCCGGGAGACGGGGCACAUGUAGUGUAAGUCCCGGUACAUGUGGUGCUAUCUGUUUACAUAAGGACCUACACUACAGCCCUAGCAACUCAGGAUCCAAACUUUAUCAUUGUGAUCACCAUGGAAACAAUACAGAUAUUUUAUCAUAUCUCUCAAAAAUACUGAGAAUUUAAAAUAAUAUGGUUGUGCUAGUUUUUUUGCAAGUUAGUUUGCAGAUUCUUGUUACAUUUUUUUUUGAGGCUGCAUUUAAUAUGUUUCUUUAUUUUUGUCACUUAAUUUUUUUCAAAAGUAAAAUUCAAUAUUUACCGCCUCCCAAACAUUCCUGUACUUUACCUUUUCCACGUGUAGGCAAAACAAAUAUUAAUUUCUGAAAUGGAACUGAAAUUGGAAAAGACUGAAGGCUAGAAGUGUUGGUCAUGUUAAUUGAAUAUAUAUGUUCCUGAUGUGUUCAGAACUAAACUUUUGAUAGUAUUCUUCAUAAUUUGUGUAGAAUGCAUUCAAAGAAACUGGGUGUGAAUAAUGUUUUGUAUCUUUUGGUCAAUCACCAAUUUUCGAUAAGGAUAUUUUCUGUUUAUUCGGCCAAAUAUUUCAACACACAGCUACCGAGUGGUAAGAAACAGUAAUUAUAUUGUGUGAUUGAAUGAGUUAUUACUUAACUAGGAGCUAAAAUUAGUCACAGCUAGUAUCUUUGGGUGCCUGCCACCUCAUUGAUUUUCCCCAUUUUCUGUGUUAAAUGUGCCUAAAGUGUGUUUGUACAAACGUGUUUGUUACAGCUAGCCUGACAUGUGGGCUGCUUCAUUUAGCUUUAUUUAUGAAAUAUGAAUUCACCAAUAUGAAGGGUAGAUAUUUUGCUGAAGAUGAAUAAAAAGCAGAAAAUAU